AGUUAAACUUUAGUCUGCUUUCAGUUUGUCCAGAGAAACAGUUUCAGUGAAUUAUGAAGAAAUCUUUUGUCAGGAUUUGGUGUUUGUAAAUAUAGGAAGAUGGAGCUGUUUGCUGUGGUUGUCUUCCUCCUCUACGCCUCUCAGGACUCUUUGACUGUAGAAGUGGAGGUCCAGGAAGACACACAAUCUGUGGUUCUGAGCUGCCAGUACAGCGGAGAAUUAUUAGAGACUUUCACAGUGAAAUGGAGCCGCUUGGAUCUCAAGCCCAAUACUGUCCAUCAGUGGCGAGGAGGAGAUGAUUUAGAUGCACAAAAUCAGCUUUUCAAGGGACGAACAUCAAUGAGACCUGAUGUUCUAGACUCUGGAGACUUCAGCCUCACUUUGAAAGAACCCAAACUUUCUGACAGCGGAGAUUACACCUGCAGCAUCAUUGAUGAAAGAGAAGAAACGCUGUCGGACAUCCAGCUGCAUGUCAGAGAAAAAAGUCCAACAUGGGCCACAUUUCUCCUGGUUCUCCUGGUUCUGCUGGUUCUGCUGGGUCUUGUUUUUCAUGUCUGCAUUAUACGUGGAAUUGUUUCAACUUGGAUCACAGUUGUUCUGUUUCUGCUGGUUCUGCUGGCUGUUCUUGCUGUUUCUGGUGGCCUUUUGGUUCAUUUCCGUCAUCAUUUCAUGUCAGCCUCUCAGGACUCUUUGACUGCGACGGUGGGGGUCUAUAAGGGGGUCCAAUCUGUGGUGCUGCCCUGCCAGUACAGCAAAGAAUUAUUAGAGCUUGUCACAGUGAAAUGGAGCCGCUUGGAUCUCAAUCCCAAUAUUGUCCAUCUACGUAGAGAAGGAGACGACAAACUUGCACAAAAUCAGCUUUUCAGAGGAAGAACAUCAUUGAUACUCGAUGCUCAAGACUCUGGUGACUUCAGCCUCACUCUGAGAGAACCACAACCUUCUGACAUCGGAAACUACGUCUGCAGCAUGAUUGGUGAUAAAGAAGAAAUACUGUCAGACGUUCAGCUACAGGUCAGAGAAAUAUUUCCAGCUUGGGCCAAAGUUCUCCUGGUUCUGCUGGUUCUGCUGGUUCUUCUUGCUGUUUCUGGAGGCCUUUUAUUUCAUUUCAGACAUUAUUUCAUGUCAGUCUACAAGGUGGAGGUGGAUCCAGGAGUGGAGUCUGUUCUGCUGCCCUUUAAAACUACAGUCCGUCUACCUGAAGGAGUCAUAGUAACGUGGAGAAACAGCUCUGGUUGGAUGGUCUACAGUAAUGACAGGAUCUUGAACGAUUCCAGUGAAUCCUUGAGCUGGUCUGAAGAAGAAGAGCUUCAACACAGGCUGUAUAGAAACAGAACAAAGAUGAAGGAAAAACUAAAAUCUGGAGACUUCAGUUUGACCCUGAAGAACCCCACAGACAGAGACACAGACAUCUACACCUGCACCGUCUACAAGAGGAGCUCAGAUGAAAUCCUGACUAAGAAACAAGUGCUGCUCAAUGUCAAAGCUGGAGCUGACUCUUUUAUCAUAGCCAUAGACUUUGGUUCAGGAUACAGUGGCUACGCCUUCAAUGUCAGACCCAGAGAGGAAGGAGGUGGGACCCAGUUAAAGAGAUGGGGUGAAGAACUGGGACUGGACUCCCCAAAGACUCCAACCUGCUUCCUGUUGGAUAACAUAAAACUUCUGGAAGUUUGGUUAUGAAGCUAAAACAGCGUACAACAAGAUGAGAAAAGAAGAAGAUGAGAAACAUAGUUUCUAUGAAGACUUCAAGAGGAGCAUCAGUUACCUAGUAAGUAAAGUAAAGAUCAGCAGAUCUUCUUCCUCCUUGGGUCCUGCUGUGACCUCUAUGAACUCACCUGUCUUCUCAGGUUGAAACUGUGUCUCCAUCUGAAUUAUCUGAGAUAGUUUAAAGCUGCUCUCUGCCUCCUUCACAGCUUUCCUCCUGUAGUCAUGGAAACAGGUUUUAACUCUGUGGGUCCCUAUAUAGCAAACCUAAUGAACACCUCUUUCAUUUCUUGCUGCACUCUGACUGGUUUUGAACUGGUUUCUGUACAACAGCUUUAAAAAGCUGAACUUUGACCUUUCUGUUCUUUCCAAAGCAGCUUUUUGCUCCUAGUUUUAGAGAAGAUCGUCUAUCUACAGCUGCAGUCUGAUGUUGUUUUCAGAUUUGUUCAACUUUUCAAAGAUCCAAAGUAGGUUUUCAGCUCAGCCUUGAAUUGAGGAGUUUUGGGUUUUAUUUUAGACAAUUUAUUGUUAUGAAUAUAAAAUGAACCCAUUAGAGUCAAAAUGUUUAAAAUAAAAGAAUGAGUUCUGG